AUGGCACUGCCACCGCCCACCCGGUACGGCAUUUUGCCUACAGAGAUGGAAUAUGUGGCCGGUACAGAGACUUUGGUAGAUAUACUGCCCUUGAUAUCGCUCGAUCGUGUCCGACUUUUAAGUGGGACGUAUGGCCCAUUCCAACCGCCGACGCAUGCUCAAGUACCCCUGUGGCUCGCAGUCUCCCUCCGAAAGAAACGGAAAUGCGUGAUCAUUCCGCCUGCCUGGCUUAGUGUUGACGCUCUCACAGAGUUUCUUCGUCAAGAAACUACGCAAUUGGCGUUUGCCCCGUUGCCCCUUCAUUACGUCGCCAUUUCGAAAAUGCUUUUGGAACACGCGGCAGAAGAUAUUCCUGCGUCCUCUCGGAUACGUGCCCUACUGAAAGAUUUGCGUGAAACGCGGCAAAGCAAAGUGUUGGCUGGCUUGGAAAUGCUCAAUCCGGCCCAUCUCGAGAUGACCAAUAUCUCGUCUAUGGAGAUCUGCGAAGUGCGUCCUUUCUUUCAAACGGCGUUGAAUCAACUGCACGCCAUUCAAGGCACAGAUACCACGAAAGAAGAGCCGCCGUCACAGACGAUAGAGGAUGAUGGAGAAGUAUCUGUGCGACGCGUGUAA